AUGCCAGUAUGGUGUCACAUGUUUGUGCAAACCCUGACAGAAGGAGCCCAGCUUUGGUUUGACAGCCUUCCCCCGGGGGGAAUAGAUAGUUAUGAAGAGCUAAGCGAAAAGUUCCUCAGGAACUUUGGCCAACAGAGGAAAGUGGUCAAGAAUCCAAAUGAGAUCCUUCAUAUCAGACAAAGGGACAACGAGAGAAUAAACAAAUACAUGGAGAGGUUCGUCAAGGAAAGCAUGAACAUCAAAGACGUCCCGGAGGUCAUGAAGAUCAGCAGCUUCAUAAACGGGUUGAAGCACGCACAGCUGUGCGAGAAGCUUGGGGAAGAGUUCCCCCACUCAUUUGACAAUCUUAUGGACAGAGUCAGAGCCUUUGUCCGGGGAAAGGACACAGUCAGCAAAGCAAAGGAGACGGACAUCGCCCCCCGGAGGGUCACCCCAGCUGCAAGGCCCCCUGAUAAAGGUACACCCUAUUCCCGGAAACCUGCCUUUGAUAGAAUGUUGCAUGACAGGGCAAGGCCCUCAUACUCCCCAUAUAGACCCCGAGGGAGGGGUCCCCCUCCUUACUCCGAUAACUUCACCCCUCUCACAAAGACCCCGAGUGAGAUACUGGCCACGGAGAGGAUAAAGAACUCCUUCCCGAGACCACCACCCAUAAAACCGGGACCGAAGGCACAACCGAACGAAUAUUGUGAUUUUCACAAAGGCUUUGUGUAA